AUGGGAUCAAUAGUUCUAAAGAGUCUUUCGGUUCUACUUGGUAUUUUUUUCCUAUUUGUAGGUACUCUGAAAAUGAGUCCUGUCAUCAGUAAAGAGCUGCACAAGGAUCUCCGAAAGGACUAUGUUAAGUAUGCCAAAGUAUUUCCACUCUCCAAAAUGAUCGACUUUAAAGUGCCAGCUAAAUGGUACAGAAGAGCUGUUGGUGGUACUGAAGUAUUAAGUGGUGUUUGCUUGGCAUUUGUUCCUUACAGAAACGUUAAACAAGGGGCAAAUAUAACUCUUUUGAUGUCACAUUUAUUGGCUGUUUAUACACACUAUGCAGCAAAAGAUAAAUUUGAACGAAUGGCUCCGGCACUUGUGUUUUUAUUCAUGUUAGCUGGACGAUUGGUUAUUGAUUAUCAACUGAGGCGCAAAGAACUGGCAGAAAUUGCUGAACCUAAAGCUCAAAAACAAGAAUAG